GAAUAAGAAAAUCUCGCGCUAAUAUAAAAAGAAAAUGGUGGACGCGCGGAUUUUUUGAAAGGGCUCCAAAGUUUAUCAACACAUAUUACAUGUUUUUAAAUUUGGGACACCUUUGUCUUUUGUGAAUCAACGCCUACAGUGAUUGGGAGCCAUGGACACAGUGGAGACUCGAUUCACCCAUUUGUUGCAGCCUAUCCGGGAGCUCACGAAAAACUGGGACAUUGAUGUAGCCUCGCAGUUGGCAGAUUAUCUAGAGGAGUUGGAUGAGAUGUGCAUCUCCUUCAACGGGGGCAAAACCACUCUUAACUUUGCAGAGGCAGCGCUGCUCAUACAAGGCUCAGCAUGCAUUUACAGCAAGAAGGUGGAGCAUUUGUACAACCUGGUGUACCAAACUCUGGACUACAUCAAUGACAGAAACAAGAAGAAAGAGAAACGAGCAGUGACAUUUGGAGAGGAUGGCACGGAUGGGGCCUCAUCCAACAAUGCUAAUGAUGAUGACGGCGGGUUUGAAUCCUUAGACCAGGAUACAACAGAUGUCUCCCUGCAGUCAGAGAUGAAGAAUGAGGCCAACACAAAUGUGGACGUGGCCCCUCUUCCCCCAGAGUCUCUGAUUCCUCCUGAGGCGUUUGAGAAACAGAAGCUGCUUCUCAUUAGUCUGAAAGGAGAGGUGCUGGGCAGCUGUAAGGACUUCAGGAUGAACUUGUUCUCUCCGGACACCCUGGGUAUCAUCCGCCUCUUCCUGGCCUCCUCUCAGUCCCACUUCCUCAGGGACGCCCUGUCUGACGCACCCCUGGUCCCCGUCACCCUGUUCGGGCACCAAGAUGACGCAGAGCUUGCAGCAGGGGAUGCCAUGUCGGGCGUUGCCAGGGACGAUAGUGCUGAUGCCGGUGCGGAGAACUUCCUGACCCUGGAGGACAACGGGAUGGAGAUGGACCAGGGACCUGAGGAACAUAUUGACAGACACCAGGCCCCCAGUGAAGGGAGGCUGUUGAGGGAGAGGAGAGGAGUCCAGCAGCUCUCUGAGGAGGAGCAGAAGAAACUGAGGAAGGAGGAGGAGAGGGCCCAGACGGCAAACAUGUGGAGGUUACAUGACCUUUAUGAUACAGUGGGCGAGGACAAGCCUCUGAAAACAGGAAGAUGUUAUAAGGUUCCUCCGGGUUUGGAUGAUUCUGGGAAGCGAAAAAGGAAAGGCCUCUCUGCGCUGCAAGACUUCUGGACCUGGUACACUGGAACCUAUGACCCCCGUGAACCCAGGCUAAAGAAUGGACCCACGUAUACAGACUUGAACUACAUCUAUAUGAGUCAAAUGAAAGACAAGCUGAAGACCCAGAAGAGGAUUCUUGGAAAAACAGGUGUGUUUGUGUCUGACGAGGAGCUGAGAAGGACGUACCUGCAGCUGGACAAGAGAGAAGAGGAGUUAGAGGGCCUCAGACACCACGACCUGCUAGGCCUGCUCGAUGACCUCUCUGACAACGAACAUGACCCUUUGACUGAUGAAGCCCCGGCUGACUUCCUGAGUGGACAGGACUUCGUACCAGGGGCAGACAUGGACGGACUGAGUUACGAAGACCUGGUGAAGAAGAGUGUGGAGCAGUUCCUAGUGAACUCCCAGGGUUAUGCCCAGGAGACGGCUCUGUCGAAAAGAGUGAAGGAAUGGGAGGAUAAAAUACGACCGGAACUCACCUAUCAGGAGGUGCGUGCUACCUUUGACAUCCAUGACUAUGGGGAUAGGAUCGUAGCGGCUUUGAGCAGUGUGGGCCAGAGGAGGACCUUCUCCUCUAUAGUCCACGGCAUGGACAACUUCGAGGCCUGCAAGUACAUGCUGGCUUCCCUUCAACUGGCCAACGACUACACAGUGGAGAUCGACAGGAGUGAGGGUCUCGAGGAAAGCAUCGACACCAUGGGACUCACUCUGCUCAGCAAACACCGGGCCAACCAACGAUUCAAGAAAGCCCCUGCAGCAACCUCCGACCCUAUAUGACCCAGACAUCUCCUGAUCCUGUGUGUGUGUGCGCUCUUGCCUCCUACUGACUCCGUGGGGGACUAGAGACCCAUUACUCUGAAACGUGGUACGCACUCCUGUGUGUGACGCCACUUGUGCCUACCGGACCACUGGUACUGACCUGCUCUAUCAACAACCUGGCUGCACCUAUUCUCUCCUCACGUACUUGCUCUUUAGUUUCACCCCCCUGUCUAUUGUUUGAUCUUUGGUGUCUCUGUCCUCUGUAUGUCUUGUCUGUGUGUAUCAUGUCUGUGUAUUCCUCUGGUUCUGUCAAGAGAAAUAAUCUCUCUUUACCUCAUUCAUCUGCAUCUACACAAUAUAUUUACCAGAUGUGGCACUCAGGGUAUGUUGGUAGUAUUGACUGACCCUAAGAAUUAUCACCCUGUUUACAAUGUUUGCCUUCGUAUCUAUGACAAUUCUAUACGUUGGUUUUUAUUUGCAUAUUUGUCCAAGUGGUGUAGAACUCCUACAUUUUCAGAUGAGAGGACUUUUAAGAAAAAUGUGAUCAUUCAAGAGAACAACCUAAAUUGGGAAAUUAUGUUUCACUGGUUUGUAAGGAAAUUAUAUAGAUUUUUUUACAAUGGCCAAAAACGUGUAUAAAAUAAAACGAGCAUGUAGAUUUCAAA